AUAUAUUUUUUGAUAUAUUCAAAUUAAUAUGUUUAAUGCAAUAUGUUAUUCUAUAUCGCUUUAUUCCAUUUUCUGGUUAGAAAUUGUGAGAUCAGUCUGUUGACAGUGCAACUCUCUACUGCCCCCAGGUGCCUGCCAGUGUGCACACAAAGGUAUACACCUCUGUCUUCUUAGGAUUCAGACAAUUGCAUAAUAUGUGUAACAAUAUAUAUUUACACUAUAAGUUGCAAUGAAAGGAUUCUCUUUGCACACCCGGUUUAUGAUACACACAAAUACUUUUUGAGCAUGUUGCGGUGCUCUUAUAACUGAGCCACUGGCUGAUUACUCAUGACUGAUCAUUUUAUAGCUUCUCUAAUUAUUAUGCCUGCAUAGUAAUUGAGGGAAAAAUAAACAAGAGCCAUUGGGCAUUCCGGUGACUGCAGCACUGCACGUCAGACUGGCAUCACUGCUCGCUUGCGCUCAAGGCUGUUCGUGCACACGCGCAAUGUAAAGAGCAGUCAGAGACGGGAUUGUAGUGGACAUUCCCACAUUUCUCCAAUGUUAGUCAAGGGGUUUGCUUAUAAACUCUGUUGGGGGGGAGUCUUGGCAGAAUAUUCCGGACUCCUUCAGAAUAUUUUCUCAGAUGUGCUGAAAGACGCCGAGAAGUUGGAUAUAAGGAUUUUCUUUUUAAGGAGUGAAUUUCUCGAUCUGGAAAGACCACCAUGCGCAGGUUGCCGUGCCUUGCCUCCGAGCAAAGAGGAGAAAUCCCACUGUGCUACUGACAGGAAUUUUACGCGCAGCUAAACAAGGAUGCCAGAGGAACUGGCAAACUGCAGUGUGUGUUGCUGUACCACGACCAAUAAGAUACUCAUGGUGGUCUUCAUGAUAUCACUGAUACUUGCCAUACUCUUCGGAAACCUCUUGACAUUAGCAGUGGUCGUUGGAACGAAACACUUCCACACUCCACAGGGUUAUUUAAAAGCCUCACUGGCCGUGGCAGACCUGGCUGUGGGGAUUUUUGUGGUGCCCGUCUCCGUGUACGCAGAAGUAUCUCUCAUGAUCUACAAUUCAAUGCCAGAGUGGACUGCGCGCAAUUCCCAAACCACUCCUUUCCAUCCGUGCAAUUUUAUCGGACCUGUAUUUGCGGGAUGCACUUUAGUUUCCAUUACAACCAUUUUCCUCCUGACCAUUGAAAGGAGCAUUGCCGUUUUGAGGCCACUGCACAAGGAAUCAGUCAUAACUAAAAAAAGAACAAGCAUACUUAUAAUCUUUUCCUGGAUGGGCAGUUUUUUCCUGGCAAUAUCUCCACUGAUUUUCAGCGAUGAAAUCGCGCUGGAGUACAAUCCUUGCAGCCGCAUGUGCAAUUACGCGCUUGGAAGCGCAGACUUCCCAUCCCAAGCUUGGAACAUUCUCUUACUCUUCCCUGCCUUUGACUUUACACUGCUCGGAGGUACUGUUGUCAUCAAUAUCAUAUCCCUCACUACAAUCCGCCAGCAUUCAAAAAGAAGAAAACAUCUCGCAGAGACCGAGAGUCAAAGCUCAACGAAACCAUCAUUCUCCGACAUCAAGGCUGCCAAGACAAUUGGCACUCUGACGUUGGCUUUCACCGCUUCUUUCACUCCCAUCGCCGUGUUUGUAGUUGGAAAUGUGUUGGGAAAUGAAUGGUGCAAUUUUGCGUUUUUUGCCUUUUGGAUUCUGACCUCGAACAGCUGCUGUAAUGUUAUUAUAUAUGGUGUGAGAGACCAGAAGUUUAGAAGUCGCGCGUAUCAGCUGCUCAUAUCCGCUCAGUUGAACACUGCGCCUAAAAAGCCUGAGUAUGAAAACACUGUAAAUGGGGGGAAAGACAAUGAAGAAAUAGACAAGCAAUGAUAUUACUGAGCAACAGCCCGAUUUAGGUUGUGCUUACUGUAUUUAUUACAGGCCCCAUAAGCUACAGUAGUAUCUGGUUUCUAGCUGGACAUUAGAUGGACCAAGCUGGUUAAAAUGGCUUUUAGCUGGUUUGUUGCUGGUCCAAGGUCUACCAGACCAGCUAGAAACACAGCUACCAGCUUCAUCUGCCAGCUUUCCAGUCCCCCUGAAAGAACUUGAGGUCAAGAUACAUUGAGGAUAUGGAUCAUUCCUUGUAAUCAAACCUACAAUGUUUUGAUCAUCAGCUUAGAUCUCCAACCAUUAGGCCACAAGAUGCCUAUUGAUGCCAGUGUUAUUUAAUGCCAUCAUACCUGUUAAGUGGCAUGUCACUAUACUCAGGUCACCUCUUUUGAUUGAUUCUAAACUUUGCAUGGAUAGUUUAAUUAUGUCACAAGAUUUCACCAUGUAAUUGAAUAUCCAUUAGCAUGGAUCAUGACAGUCCCAAAAAAUAUGCACUGGAGUCUUUAUACAUAUUACAUUGAUUCUUCGGUAGAGUAUUGAUUUGAUUUGGCAUCUUUUUUUCAUUGCGGAGAACUGAUAUUUUGAGAUAUUGUGUGGCUUUAAUAACAUGUGUGUGUAUAAAUGCACUUGAUAAGAACUGAUACUUAUGUAAAGGAUCAAUGUAAACACUUGGGAGUUUUAAAGCACACAUUAUUAUAGGGUUAACUGUUUAUUGGCUUGUGUGAUUUUCAUAAAAAACUAGGUUAGUGCUAGAAGGUUGUGUCACACAAGACAAAUGCAUUUUCUCAUCAGUGUAUUCAUAUUAUAUGCAUAAUUUGUUAUCAACACAUUAUACCAAAAACAUGGCUGAUGUUCAGUGACUACUGAUUUAUUAUUUAUUUAGGCCAUUAUUCUUUUGCACAGUUUUGUACUAUAUCCAAUAAAGCA